AUGGAAAAGGUUUUCAAAGAAGUGGGAAAACAGCUAGUAUUAGCAGGGCCGGUGUCACUGGUUACAUUGUCACAGAUUUCUUUGCAAAUGAUAUCAUUGAUGUUUAUUGGCCAUAACGAUGGAGAGUUGGCCUUAGCUGGUGCAUCCAUGGCCACUGCAUUUGCUGCAGCCACUGGUUAUUACGUACUGGUGGGUGCCACUAGUGCAUUGGACACAUUAUGUGGCCAACUAUUUGGAGCAAAACUAUAUCUUACACUAGGCAUACAACUACAAAGAGCUGUUAUCUUUAGUUCAACUUGUAGUAUUUUGAUCUCCAUCAUAUGGGCAAAUGCAACUCCUAUUUUGAUUUCUAUGCACCAAGAUCACCAAAUUUCUCAAGAAGCAGGAAGAUAUUUACUUCUUUUGAUUCCUAGCAGUUUUGCAUUUGGUUUUCUCCAAUGCUUUCGAAGUUUUUUGCAAAACCAGAAUAUAGUUUAUCCCAUGGUGUUGAGCUCUUUAGUUGCAACUCCUAUACACAUUUUUUGCUGUUGGAUUUUGGUUAGUAAAUCUGGGCUGGGAAGCAGUGGAGCUGCCCUCGCCACCUCUGUAUCGUAUUGGGUCAACGCGUUGUGUUUGGCGCUCUUUAUCAAGUUUUCCUCUUCAUGUAAAAGAACUUGGAAUGGUUUUUCCAAGCAAGCUCUUCGCAAUUUUCUUCCUUAUGUGAAACUCGCCAUGCCUUCGGUUCUAAUGGAAUGCUUCAAAACCUGGGCAUUUGAGCUUUUGAUCAUCUUUUCUGGGUUUCUUCCUAAUCCAAUGCUUGAAACUUCUGUUCAAUCUAUAUGUCUCAAUACAUUUGGAUUGUUGUGGUCUAUCCCUGCUGGACUCAUGGCUAGUACAAGCGUACGAGUAGGAAAUGAACUUGGAGCCAAGAAUCUACAAGCAGCUCAUUUCGCCAUAGGAAUGGUGUUAGUGAUGGUGAUCAUGGAGGGACUUGUAGUUGGAGUCAUUGUCGUACUCUUGCGUAAGAUGUGGGCCGGAUUAUACAGCAAUGAUAAAAAUGUUACUUCGAUUGUGGCAUCCUUGAUGCCCUUUAUCGCAAUGUCGUGCUUCGUUAAUGGAUUUGAGACUGUGCUUUCAGGCAUCUUUAGAGGAUGUGGUUGGCAAAAGAAAGGUGUAUACCUAAACCUAGCAGCCUUCUAUUUUGUUGGGGUUCCUUGUCAAGUUACAUUUGCCUUUGUCCUCCACAUGAAAGCCAAAGGGCUUUGGUUGGGGAUGAUUGUUGCCUUUGUCGUGGAUAUAGUCUUUUUUCUUAUCAUCAUCAUACGAACCAACUGGGAUAAAGAAGUAGCGAAGGCUGAGAACAGAGUGAAAAAAUACUCAAAUUUUGGAGAAUUGGCUUUGGAUCAAAAUGUUUCUAGUAAUUGA